UUUCCCUUAUUUUUCUGUAAUGGCGGAGCACGUAGAGGGAGACGGUGUUGGAUUGAACGACAACAGGAUGACACAGCAGCAAACGUUGCGUUUCCGUGGCCCCGCCCCCGCUCCCAACCCCGUGAUGCGUGGCCCCCCGCCACUGAUGAGACCCCCUCCUCCCCCCUUUGCCAUGAUGAGGGGCCCGCCGCCUCCGCCGCGCCCGCCUUUCGGACGUCCGCCCUUUGACCCUAGCAUGCCACCCAUCCCCCCACCCGGAGGCAUACCCCCACCACUUGGACCCCCACACCUACAGAGGCCACCGUUCAUGCCACCGCCGAUGGGCAGCAUGCCCCCUCCGCCGGGCAUGAUGUUCCCCCCGGGAAUGCCGCCCGUGCCCACCCCUGGCACCCCCGCCCUGCCUCCCACCGAGGAGAUUUGGGUGGAGAACAAGACGCCGGAAGGAAAGGUGUACUACUACAACGCGCGGACGCGGGAGUCGGCCUGGAGCAAGCCGGACGGAGUGAAGGUGAUCCAGCAGUCGGAGCUCAACCCCUUGAUGGUGACCCAGGCGGCGGCGGCUGCAGCCUCCUCCGCCAGCCUGCCGGCGGCCAGCACGGCGGCCUCCCCCAUCUCCACCCAGGCCCCCUCCCCCGGCCUCACCGCGAGCCCCACCUCCAGCACCACCUCCUCCCCGGCUAUGUCCCAGCCCAUCUCCACCCCGGCAGUGGCGGAGAUGGCGCCCGUGGUGACCUCCCCCUCCAGCGUGGGAGUGGCCCCCGUGCCGGCCGUCAGCAUCCCCGCGGCGACGGCCACCGUGACGCCGGUGCAGGCGCUGCCACAGACGCUGCCGCAGAGCCUCCCGGCGGCCCUGCCCCACGCCGUGCCGCAGCCCGCCGCCUCCAUCCCCGCCUUCCCGCCCGUCAUGGUGCCGCCCUUCCGAGUGCCUCUGCCAGGCAUGCCCAUCCCGCUGCCCGGUGUAGCAAUGAUGCAGAUAGUCAGCUGUCCCUAUAUAAAGACAAUCGCUCCCAACAAGAACGGGUUGUUGCCAGGGAUGGCCCCUCCCCUAGUUCCCAUGAUGCACCCGCAGAUGGCCAUCGCAGCGGCGCCCGCCGCGCUCUCCGGAGCCCUGUCGCUCUCAGAGUGGUCUGAGUACAAGACUGCCGACGGGAAGACCUACUACUACAACAACCGCACGCUGGAGUCCACCUGGGACAAGCCGGACGAUCUGAAGGAGAAAGAUAAGGAUGUGGAGAAGGGAAAGGACUCCAAGCUCUCCAUGGAAGACACUGAGCUCAUGGACAUGGAGGAUGGGGAGCCCAAAGUGGAGCCUUCCAAGGAGAUCAAAGAGGAGCUCAAGGAGGAGGAGAUGACAGAAGAGGAGAGAGCCGCUCAGAAAGCCAAACCGGUGGCCACCACCCCCAUCCCAGGGACGCCCUGGUGCGUCGUGUGGACUGGUGACGACCGCGUCUUCUUCUACAACCCCACCACCCGCCUGUCCAUGUGGGAGCGGCCGGAGGAGCUGGUGGGCCGGGCCGACGUCGACAAGAGCAUCCAAGAGCCGCCCCACAAGAAGGGCUUAGAGGACAGCCGUAAACUGGGCAUCAGCAAAGAGGAGCUGGAAGCAGCUGCAGAGGAAGCUCUAGAAGACGAGCCGAUCAAGGCUAAGAAGAGAAAGAAGGACGAAGUCAAAGAGGUGGACUCGGAAAAAGAGGCGGCCAUGGAAGCGGAGAUCAAGGCUGCCCGAGAGAGGGCAGUCGUGCCCCUGGAGGCGCGAAUGAAACAGUUCAGGGACAUGCUGCUGGAGAGAGGGGUCUCAGCCUUCUCAACGUGGGAAAAAGAGUUGCAUAAGAUAGUGUUUGAUCCACGAUAUCUGCUGCUUAACCCUAAGGAGAGAAAGCAGGUGUUUGACCAGUAUGUGAAGACCAGGGCAGAGGAGGAGAGGAAGGAGAAGAAAAAUAAGAUCAUGCAGGCCAAGGAGGAAUUCAGGAAGAUGAUGGAGGAGGCCAAGCUGAACAUCAGGACGACGUUCAGCGAGUUUGCCUCAAAGCACAGCAAGGACUCGCGCUUUAAGGCCAUCGAGAAGAUGAAGGACCGGGAGGCGAUUUUCACAGAAUUCAUGAAUGCACUCAGGAAGAAGGAGAAGGAGGACUCCAAGAGCAGAGGAGAGAAGGUGAAGCAGGACUUCUUCGAGCUGCUCUCCGACCACCACGUCGACGGUCAGCUGCGCUGGAGCAAAGUGAAGGACAAGCUGGAGAGCGACCCCCGCUACAAGGCCGUGGAGAGCUCGGCCAUGAGAGAGGAGCUCUUCAAGCAGUUUGUGGACAAGCAGGCCAAGAACCUGGACUCGGAGAAGGAGAAGGAGCUGGAGCGGCAGGCCCGGGUGGAGGCCAGCCUGCGGGAGCGGGAGAGGGAGGUGCAGAAGGCCCGCUCCGAGCAGACCAAGGAGAUCGACCGCGAGCGCGAGCAGCACAAACGCGAGGAGGCCGUGCAGCACUUCAGGGCUUUAAUGUCCGACAUGGUGCGGUCGUCGGACGCCUCGUGGUCAGACACGCGGCGGAACCUGCGGAAGGACCACCGCUGGGAGUCGGCCUCGCUGCUGGAGCGGGACGAGAAGGAGAAGCUCUUCAACGAGCACAUCGAGGCGCUGGCCAAGAAGAAGAAGGAGCACUUCCGCCAGCUGCUGGACGAGACCACCUCGAUCACGCUAACGACGACAUGGAAGGAGGUGAAAAAGACCAUCAAAGAAGACCCUCGCUGUAUCAAGUUCUCUAGCAGCGACCGGAAAAAGCAAAGGGAGUUUGAAGACUACAUCAAAGACAAGUACAUCACAGCCAAAGCAGACUUCAGAACACUUCUAAAAGAGACAAAGUUCAUCACAUACAGAUCCCGGAAGUUGAUACAGGAGUCGGACCAGCACCUCAAAGACAUUGAAAAGGUCCUGCAGAACGAUAAGCGGUACCUGGUCCUGGAGUGCGUUCCCGAGGAGCGGCGUAAGCUCAUCAUGUCCUACAUCGAGGACCUGGACCGCAGGGGUCCGCCGCCACCCCCCACCGCUUCGGAACCCACGCGCCGCUCCACCAAGUAACGGAGACCCCACCCCCCCCACGGCCCGGGAGCCCCUGCAUGAGCCAAUCAGCAGACAUGUCCUAGCACAGUAUUAACUGUAAUAUCGUGUCAUAACAUGGAGUAUCCUAGUCGCCAGCCACUGGGCUUCAAGGCCUGUGAACUCUUGAACCUAUGAACUCCGACGGUGGUCUCUGAGGGAUAUAUCCGUAUGCAUCUGUGGUUUAACUUGAUGGUUCUGCAACUUGUAAGAUACUUUUUUUUUAUAGAUGAUGAUUGAAUAUAUAUAUUUAAAUAUAUAUAUUCAGGUUGUACGUGUGACGGAGAUGGUUGUGCAAAUGGUGCCGACAGCCUUCUGAGAGUCGACAUGACAAUGAUACACAAUAGUUUGAAUGUUUAAAUGUUUCUAAAGUUGAGUUUAAUUUUGCCGUUGCUAUGUUUCUGUACAAGUUUACUGGAAUAAAGGCAACCUCCCACUCUUUUUUACAAGCAUGU